UCACGGUCGUAUGGCCCACAAAGCGGCGAGGAGAGGAACAGGAAAGGAGGAGAAAGGGUGUGGCAAUGGCGGAAGAGGGCAAGCCCGACGCCCAGCUGUUCCAGCUUCUCUCCACGCUCCUCGAACAGGUCGAGACUUUGAGCAACCAAGAAGAAGUUGAACUCCGAGCCAAGAUAGAAGCACUUGGAUUAGAAGUCACCAAGGUCCCUCCUAAACCAUCUAAGCAUCUCGAUGAGCUUGAAAUAGCUGAGGAGUUGGAUAAGCUCUCGGCGAAGCUCGAUGAAGUUGACCAGAUGAUAUCCUCAGCUAUGGCUGCAGAUCCUCAGGUGCAGUCUCUCUUGAGCAGCACCGCUGAUGUUUGGAUGCCGGUCAUCACCGCAAAUGCCGAUGAAAGGCGAGCUUUCACUGUUACAGAUGGUGAGAGCAGUCAUGAAGAGCAACCGGUUCUUCCCAGCCAAUGAGUCUGCUAUCGCAUUAACCGCUUUAAUUGUCCAUCAUGAGCCCUAGGAAUAAAUUUAUUUGUUGCUGCUUUAUGCUAUGACAAUAAGCAUAUUUUUUUCUCUGUUUGUUGAACAAAUGGCUUUGAACUUAUAAAUACUAUCAGUUUAUAGAUCAAAUCAAUAUACUA